AUGACGAUCCUCCCGUCGAUCACCAGUACUGCAACGCUGGCGCAAGGACAUGUGUACCACACUUCCUCGAUGCCUCCGCGCAGCCGGACCUUGUCCCCGAGCGGCUUGCCCAGAGAUCCGUCACUUAGAGAAUCGCAACGAAGUCGGACGAGGACGGAGUGGCUUGGCUCAGCGCUGGCCAAGGAGUCAGGUGAGAUCCGCAACAUCCACGUUUUGGGCAUCAUCCGGGAGAACUUGGUGAUCGCCUUCCAGGGAUGUGGCAGGGUCCGUGUCUUCGUGAACAACGAGCACAGUCUCGAGCUUCCGGAGACCAACCGCCUCAGCAACACCUCGCCCUUCGGCAUCGAUUGGACGAAGAAGUAUCGCAAAUACCUGGCCAACGCUCAUGCGAUGCGGUUUGCAGAGUUUGAGAUCAGGGCUUUGCCAACGCAGGUGCUCGUGAUCGGAGAGACCGCCACCUCAGAUCAGAAGACGAUCCCGGCGCAGAAGCCCAUUUUGGAGGCCGAGCUGAAGCUGAUUGUGGACAACUUAAAUGAUGAACUGGUGCUGACAACGGACUUGCUCCUGGGCGAGAAGCUCCUGGAUGAAGGAAAACAACUGGGGUUGAUCGGCCAGGAGCUGGUUGAGUCACUUCCGCAAUUGGAGCUGAAGAUCAAAGAGAAACAUUUGCUCAACAGCCAGAGCAGGUAUGAACCUCCGAUUGACCUCUCCUUCUUGAAUAUGUCCUGCAUGAAGGACAGUUGCAAGCAGCUCAAGCAGCAGAUGCAGCAGCAGGAUGAAGAUAAGAGGAAAAAGGAACAGGCGGAACUGCAAGCGCAACUAGAUGAGGAGGACCUGCGUGAGAAUGAGCAACUGCUGCAAGAGGCUGGCGACCUUUCUUACAAGAUCCCAGAGAGAGAUUGGGUUGCUCCCUGCCAGCAGGAGUCCAGCCCCAAGCCAUUGGAGCCGGAGGAGUCUUUGAAGAUGAAGAAGUCUGAACGUAGAAUAACCCGAUACAUGACUGCGGAGCCAGAUGAUAGAGGGGUCGUGAAGGUUUACAUCGAUGAUCCCGACGUGGCGAAUGCAUCCAAAGAGAGCAUUUCAGUGUCGUUUAGCAUGAAGACCUAUACGGUGCGGAUCAAGUCUUCGUAA